AUGACUUUAAUUUAUUAAUUAUAAUUCUCUGACUUAAAUUGUUAUAAUGUUGUUUUUAAUUUUUAAUUUAAUCUUAGAUUUGGCCCCGAUUUCGUUUAAAUCAUUAUUUAUUUUAAAAUGUCACCUUGAUCCUUCUAAAAAGUUUUAAAAUUUUAAAUUUACCAUAUUUUUAAUCAAAAUUUUCAAAAAUGUGGGAGAAGCUUUGUAACAGAGUGAUGACCGCCCUGGAUUUAAACCAGGCGACUCUUUCAGGCUCAUCUGACAUUAUAUGUGUCAAGCAAAAACCUUCUGAUAGAACUCUUGACCAAGUUGCUGAUGACGGCUGGGUGUAUAAAUGUACACCUUUUCACGUUCGUUUCGGAAAGGCAAAGUUGUUAAGGAGCAGGGAGAAGCGAGUCUCGGUAUAUGUAAAUGGUCAACUAUCUACUCUAUCAAUGAAGCUUGGGUCUGCGGGAGAGGCUUAUUUCAGGGAAGGAGUUGACUAUUUAGAUUCACUAGAUCCCUCAACCUUCUCGUCAAGAACUGAUAAAGACUCAUCCAAAAGAGUUGUUGAUUACGGAUACUAUGCUUGUAACAGUAAGACUGAUUUUGGGGAGAUUGGUUCAAACUUCGAUUACGAAGCUGCCUUAAUGCCUGAAAAAACAGGUACUGAGACUCCAAACUCAGCUGACAAUAACCGAGAAAAUGUCAGUAUUAGCGUAAAUCUGACUCCUACAAGCACCACAAGCGUAACAGACGCUGAUCAGACUGUACCUUUCAGCAAGGAAUACUAUAGACAAUACACUGUUAAACCCUCACCAGCACCUCUAUUAACAACUUCACCCAUGAAAAAUGAUACGGUGAGAAAUUUGGCAUCUGGAGAUUUCGCAUUACAGUUCAGCCUCUGUGGUCAUCUUCUAACCAGUAAUGAUCAUCUGUUAAACGAGAAUUUGUUUCAUGCUAACUUAGUCGACUUUCAGAGGCUAAGCGAGGAUCCAAAGUUGUGGUAUCACGAGUCUCUAGUGGCUUGUUUUGACUUAAAGCCUCCAUAUUACCCUAUCAGAAUUGCACUUCCACUAAUCGCCUCAUGGAUGGUGUUUAACAAGCCCCUUUCUAUCGACUCAAUUGAGAAGCUUCUGCGCACAAACUUGUUAAUUAAGAAUAAAAGGACUCCAAAUAAACUCCAAAAACAGUCAAAUUAUUCUUCAAGAGGUAGAAGAAUAACACUAAGGCCAACAUCUCAGCAGUUAGCAAGUUUGCCACUCAAGUAUGGCCAGAACAAGAUAACUUUUAGUGUGUACUCCGCACUCCAAGGAGUAAAGAGUGUUCAUGCCAGUGUGUAUCUUUUACCAUCGGACGCCAAGAUUGUGAUUUCUGAUGUUGACGGCACCAUCACUAAGUCGAAUGCUCUGGGUCACAUCAUGCCCAUCAUUGGCAGAGAUUGGACCCACUCAGGAGUUGCAGAGUUAUUCACCAAGAUAAGGCAACACGGGUACUUUGUGCUCUAUUUAUCAGCCAGGGCAAUUGGUCAGGCUGAUUUAACUCGUGACUACCUGUUUGGUCUAACCCAGAAUGCAAGGGAGAAGCUCCCUAAGGGUCCCCUUUUCCUUUCCCCAGACCGCUUAGUGUCUUCACUUAAACGAGAAGUUAUCACCAAGAGCGCCUAUAUGUUCAAGAUACCUUGCCUGAGAGAUAUCCACUCUCUAUUCCCUCAGAAACAUAACCCAUUUUACGCCGGAUUCGGCAAUAACUCAUCGGACCAUAGGGCUUAUGUAUCUGUUGGAGUUCCUGAGAGUAGGGUCUUCAUAAUAAACCCUUCAGGACUUAUUUCUCAUGUUAGCAAUGAGGAUAUAAAGACUUAUGAUAACAUCGUCGAAAUCGCAGAUUCCAUGUUUCCUAAAGUCACCUCCGAACAGGUUGAACAGGAUGAGGAGCUGUACAACUCUAGCCAGUUUUGGAACUUCCCAGUACUCAAAGAGUCUAAAGAAUUUUAAAUUUUUUAUAAUUGUUUUUGUCAUAAUCACACUUAAAUCUGUUUAAAACAUGCA